UGUGAUCAUGCGAUCGCCAGCAGAUGGGAAAUUGUGAAAGGGACCUCGCUCUAGAAAAGCAGCCCACAACUGCCUCAGCUCUCAGAAGAGGCUGAGCUUCUAACGACACUUGUCUGAGAGUGGAUUCGGCUGUCUGUUUGUCCACCCGACAUGGAGCCAAAGCGGAUCAGGGAGGGCUACCUUGUGAAGAGGGGAAGUGUGUUCAACACCUGGAAACCCAUGUGGGUUGUAUUGUUAGAAGAUGGAAUUGAAUUCUAUAAGAAGAAAAGUGACAACAGCCCCAAAGGAAUGAUCCCCCUGAAAGGAAGCACACUGACUAGUCCUUGUCAAGACUUUGGCAAAAGGAUGUUUGUGUUUAAGAUCACUACGACCAAACAGCAGGACCACUUCUUCCAGGCAGCCUUCCUGGAGGAGAGAGAUGCUUGGGUUCGAGACAUCAAGAAGGCCAUUAAAUGCAUUGAAGGAGGUCAGAAGUUUGCAAGGAAAUCUACCAGGAGGUCCAUUCGACUGCCAGAAACCGUUGACUUAGGUGCCUUGUAUCUGUCCAUGAAAGACACUGAAAAAGGAAUAAAAGAGCUGAAUCUAGAGAAGGACAAGAAGAUUUUUAAUCACUGCUUCACAGGCAACUGUGUCAUCGACUGGCUGGUUUCCAAUAAGUCUGUUCGGAAUCGCCAGGAAGGCCUCAUGAUUGCCUCCUCGCUGCUCAAUGAAGGGUACCUGCAGCCUGCUGGAGAACUGUCCAAGAAUGCAGUGGAUGGAACUGCUGAAAACCCUUUCCUGGACAACCCUGAUGCCUUCUACUACUUUCCAGACAGCGGGUUCUUCUGUGAAGAGAAUUCCAGUGAUGACGAUGUGAUUCUGAAAGAAGAAUUCAGAGGGGUCGUUAUCAAGCAAGGAUGUUUACUGAAACAGGGGCACAGGAGGAAAAACUGGAAAGUGAGGAAGUUCAUUCUGAGAGAAGACCCUGCCUACCUGCACUACUAUGACCCUGCUGGGGGGGAAGAUCCCCUGGGAGCAAUUCACUUGAGAGGCUGUGUAGUGACUUCAGUGGAGAGCAACCCAGAUGGCAGGAAAAGCGAAGAAGAAAACCUCUUUGAGAUCAUCACAGCUGAUGAAGUUCAUUAUUUCUUGCAAGCGGCCACUGCCAAGGAGCGCACCGAGUGGAUCAAAGCCAUCCAGGUGGCCUCUCGGACUGGGAAGUGAGGAUGUUUCUGCAGCCCAUCGUCACUCUCCCAAGGGAACCCCGUGGAUAAGCUUGGCCUAGGACCUGUCCACUUCUGGCAACAGACUGAUGAUAAAUGGCUCAGGGCUGGGAAAUUUUUGUCUGCAGUGGUUCUGAAUAGAACUAACCACAUGCCACGUCCUGUUCACUUGCACCAAUCGCAUUGCUUUCUGAAACCUCUCUGUGUCCCACCACGCAGAUAUAAUAAGCUGUGUGGCAUGGCUUCCCUGCUUAAUCUCUCCAGGCCUGAGCUUAAAAACCAAAAGCCCUGUGAUUCUAAUACCCACGGAAGUGAAGUGUGUCUAGUUGUCCGGCUAGUGUCCCUGCUAGGCUCAGUCCUGGCCUUCAGAACCUGAGAUAUUCUGCUCUUUAAAACUGUUCCCAAUCUAUACUUAAAGGACUAGGCAUAAACCUCCUUUGUUCUUGUUCACCACCUUCUCUUGCUCUUGGCUAUUAGAUUGUGUAUCAGAAUGAAGGAGGACUUUCUUCUUCCUUCCUCACUCUAACCAGAAACUUCCUGAAAACCAGUGCCACAGUGCUGUCUUUUAGGUUGAAGCCUUCUAUCACUUACUUAUCACAUAGCCUGGAGAGUUAUACCUUCUGAGAAAAUGACCCAAGGAAGCCAGGAGUAGCUGAGGGUCUUUUCCAUGCCCAGAAGCCACCCAGAGCAGGUAUAUUCUACUCCCACCCGAUGCUGACCUGAGAUGGGUGUAUUUUUGUCCCUUCCCAGAGCAUUUCUCUACCAUUGGCUGUAACUGAGGGUGGGGGUGGUGGGGGGGGGCUCCAAAUCUUUGAGAUUCUCUUUCGUUUGAAUGUUUGCAGAAAAAAGUAGCCAGAUGGGUUCCCUCCAUGGGUUCUCUCCAUGGGUGAGGGGUCUGGAGGCUGGCUAGCUAACGUAUAGCCUCCAGUUCUAGAGGCUGCAGGGACUGGACCAAAGGCUGGAAGAUUGGAUGAUGGGCUUGUACAAAGAUAACAUUGAGAGGACUUAAGUCUAGACAGAGCUCACUGAGGUGGCCAUCAACAUUGUGCAGCACCUUUAAUUCUCCAGUUAAUGAUAUUGUGGUAAUACCUGAGCUUUAGACACAAGCUGUAGCUGCUCCUGCUUGCCCUCCAUGGGGCCUUAUGAACCCAUUACCAACCCGAGUGAUCUGAUCUAGAUUCAAAUUGAGUACCUGUUUCAACUUUUGACCCUGUCCACCAAUUAGUGAUUCUAACCCUAAAGUGAGAAAAACAAAAACAGAAACAAAAACAAAAACAAAAAACCCCCAAACAGGUAUAUAUGUGAAGGUGCAUUUUCCAACUUCAGAUUUCUAACUUUCAGGCUAUAGUGAGAAAAGGAGAGCAGAAAAUUCUUUCUGAUUUUAUCAACUCCUCUCUUUCCCUCCCCCAAUUCCACAUAAUAUCCUUGAGGUUAUUUCUACUCCUGAAUGGUUUUAUCAAUGGCCUAGAGGUAAAAGGCUAUCUUUUCUCCAAUUCUUUAGUAAGCUGUCUUUUUAGAACAUACACAGUUUUUCUAUAUUCAGUGUUAAAAGUAUUUAUUGAUAUGGAGUCAACUUUAUGUUUUGAAACAAACAUGACCAUGUUUAACAUCUC